AUGUCGAGCAAUGUCGAGGCAUGGGUGUUGCUAUCUUUAGCGCUGUUCACAAUCAUCGUGCGUAUCUUUGUACGAUGGAAGCUUGUCGGACCUGCCAAUUUCCAGCUCGAUGACUAUCUCAUGCCUUUGGCGGGGAUUGUAUUUGUAUUAGAGACAGUAGCAGCGUAUCUCGUUGUUGCCAAGUAUCAGGGCUUGACCAACAGCUAUAUGACAGAUGAAGAGCGGAAAGGUGUCGACCUUAGAUCUAAGGAGGCGUAUAAUCGAGUUGCUGGAUCAAAGAUCCAAAUCAUUGGAUGGUCACUAUACGUCGCAAUCCUAUGGCUUGUCAAAUUCAGCCUGUCGGUCUUUUAUUCUCGAUUAACAACUGGCCUACAGAGCCUUCCGACUCGUGUCCGACUCGCCUACGUUAUCCUAGCCGUGACAUGGGCUGCAACACAGUUGUCUCUUUUGCUGUCAUGUCAGCCUUUCCAUGCGUUCUGGCAGAUUAGCCCAAAUCCCGGCAAAUUAUGCCAGCCAACAAACUCCCCAGUAUACGUUCUCGUCGUGGUGAUACUCAACAUCAUCACUGACAUCUACUUGCUUUCGAUUCCACUGCCUCUGCUGUGGACAGUCAACAUCAGUUUGAAACGCAAAGUUCCUCUUAUGGCCCUCUUUUCUGGUGCUGCUUUUGUCAUCACAGCGUCAAUCAUUCGAGCCGUUACCAUUAUGAGCUCGGGUCCCGAUGGCGCCUCUGCCGGCUCCAAGUGGGCUUGUCGCGAGACAUUUGUUUCAAUCGUGGUAUCUAAUCUGCCCAUCAUUCAGCCACUUCUUCGCAAAGGCUUCAAAAAAAUGGGUCUCUCUCAACUCUUCAGUUCCUCUGGAAAACCAUCGGGGCAGACUUACCCACUCUCGGGCUUGAAAACUUUAACAAAUCGCGGUGACAGAAACACAAAGAAGAGUAAAAUGAGUACCGCGGGCCCGACACAAACGCAGGUUUCUGCGUGGGGAAGUGAUGAGCAUAUCCUUACUGAGCCAGAGCCUACUUCAAAAGAUAUCACGGUAGUCUCAGAGACUGUUGUGCAAAGUGAACCAUGGAGCUUGGAUGAACCCGGUGGGAGCCAUUCCACAACUCCACCGAAAGAAUGGAGAAAUCCAUUGACAGACCGCCAAAGCCUAAAAAAUUGA